CACCUCUAAUGCGAAAAACCGGCGUCAGGGCAGCACGAACAGCCAAUCAGCUGUUGCCAGAAGUUGCAAAAACGGCUUUCAACAAUUAGUUUGCGCUAAGCGAAAUUAGCAUUAAAUUCAAAAAAAGUUGCGUUUUAUAUGUGCUGCUGAGACAAUUAUGGCUGCAGAAUGCGGUGUACUCCGUCUGCCGGUCGACUACGAGUCGAUACGUUUCAAUGACUGGUCUAUCAGCUAUGAGAAGUCGCACAUAUUGAAGAGCAUGUGUCGCCUGGGAAGCGACAAGGUGUGCGACAAGGACGAUCCCAAUCGCUGUGAUCUGUGCAACUAUCAGCACUCACUGGAACUGCCUCAUCUGCCGGACAUGGUGUUCCACAAGAACAAGUUGGUGCUGCAGCACAAGGAUGGAGCUCUCAUGGAAUUUAAACCCAUGGAUGCAUUGGCUUUGGUUGCAAAUGGCAAAGAUGCCUCGGCCAUUGAGGUGGCCUGUGCCCAGGAAUGGCGCGAAACGCGUGCAGAGCAGAACAUGGAACAGAAAUACAAGCCCUUUGAUUGGACAUUCACAACCAGCUAUCAGGGCACUUUAAACGAGAAGUUUCGCAGUGAAUCCACCGAGCAAACGCUCAACAAGAUGAAGCUAAUGCAGCGUGAGAAUAUACUCUUCUUUCACGAUUUAACGCUGUACGAGGAUGAGUUGCACGAUCACGGCAUCUCUGCGUUGAGUGUGCGCAUUCGCGUGAUGCCCUCGGGAUUUUUUGUCCUGCUACGUCACUUUCUGCGCAUUGAUGAUGUUUUAAUCCGGAUGCAUGAUACGCGUUUCCAUUACGAGAUCGAGAACGAUUACAUACUCAAAGAGUAUACGCAUCGUGAGGCGCCCUGUUCCGAGCUGCAGAGCUCGUUCAGCUUCUGGACCAAUCCAGAUGAGAUGCAAAACUAUCUGGCCGUGAAGACCAAGGAGCUGCACAAAUUAUACUUUAAGUAAUUUAAGUUCGAAAUCAUUUGUUUUAUUGCGAUUAAUUAUGCUUUGUCUUAAACACGCUGCUUGCGCAAUAGAGUACGUUCCAAGUCUCGUA